AUGGAAUCAGAGACAUUCAAACCAAAUCCCGAUUCUACUACUCCAAUGCGUGCCUCAUAUGAACAACAAUGGCUUUUGGACGAUGGGACUCCUAAGCAUUUAGAUCCUUUAGCUAAUCGUCCAAGGCGUCUUUCAGAUGUAGGAAAAGAAACCAUUACAAAUAAUACAUUACCAAUAACAAAAAAUAAAAGAUUUAAUAGUGGAACGAAUCAUGCAACCACAAGUAAUAACACUAUUCCCGCAAAAAAAUCAAACAAAGAAAUGACAAAAGCAGAACGUCGUGAACUACAAGAACGUCAGAGGGCUGCAAAAGGAAAAACUGCAAAAACUGCUAAUAAUGUAGUCACUCCUUCCAAGAAACCAGUACAAGGUUCAAUGACAAAUUUAGAAGGAGGGGCAGGAGGAACUACUUCUGAAACUUCGGUUACUCCAAGCGCACAUUCUGAAUCAGGAGUAACUGUUAAAAACAUAGAUCUUAAACCGAAGGAUAUUUUACACAAAAGAGAUAACAAUAAACAGGUUGCCCUCUUUUCACAUUUGGAAAUUCCUAAAGGUGCAAAUACGAGCACAGCCCCAAAAGAAAUUCAUCCCUCAGUAUUAGUUCUAGGUUUACAUUUUUCAGAAUUUAAAAUAUGUGGAGCAAAUGCUCGUUGUAUUGCCACAUUGACUGCUCUUCAAAAGGUGAUUCAAGAUUACAAAACACCUGAAGGUACAACAUUAUCUAGACAUUUACCCACUCAUUUAUCACCUCAAAUUUCUUAUUUGGUAAAUGCAAGACCAAUGUCAGUGGGAAUGGGAAAUGCAAUACGUCAUCUCAAAUGGGAAAUAUCUACGAUAGAUAUUGAAAUGUCUGAUGAGGAGGCUAAACAUUUAUUAUGCGAAAAAAUUGAUAAUUUUAUACGUGAUCGUAUUACGGUUGCUGAUCGAGUUAUUGUUGAAUAUGGAUUACAAAAAAUUCAAGAUGGUGAUGUAAUAUUAACAUAUGCUAGAUCAUCAAUUGUACAAGCAUUAUUGUUAGAUGCACACGCCAAGGGAAAAAAAUUUAAUGUCAUUAUUGUUGAUUCGCGACCAAGACUCGAGGGUAAAAAACUUUUGAAACGUUUGAUGGAUGAAGGUAUAAAAUGUACAUAUACCUUUCUUCAUGCACUUGGAUUUGCACUGAAAGAUGUUUCAAAAGUUUUUUUGGGAGCUCACGCAUUUAUGUCUAAUGGAGCACUUUAUUCUCGAGUUGGCACUGCAAUGGUAGCAAUGAUGGCAAAAGAGAAGAAUAUUCCUGUCAUUGUUUGUUGCGAAACAUACAAAUUCACGGAUAAGGUUCAAUUAGAUUCAUUUGUAAUGAAUGAACAAGGAAAUCCCGAUGAACUAGUUAAUAUAUCUACAACUAUGACUCUUAAACCUGGAUAUUUGGAUGAAUGGUUGAACAAACCAGAUUUAAAACUUUUAAACUUGUUAUAUGAUUUAACACCUUCCAAGUAUAUUACAUUAGUAAUAACAGAAGUUGGUAUGAUUCCGUGUACUAGCGUUCCCGUAGUAAGUUUACAAGAAUUUUUCUAA